UGGUCAGGACCUCAGAGCAGAGAAGCCUCAGACAGGAAAAAGGUGAAGAAGAUGAAGAAGCUGGUGGUGUUUUUGCUCUGCCUGGUCCUGCUGACCAUCUACACAGAUGCCAACCCUAUCAUCAAGGAGAGCUUCGCUAAGCAGCUGCUCCGCAGCAAGAGGCAGGAACGGCCAAUGAAGGCCGGCCACCCUGAUGAGCCAAUGAGGGAGCAUCUGCUUCACAUGCAGGUUCUAGAUCAGAGGGCCCAGGAGACCAACAUGGAGAACUGGCUGAACCCCCACUGCUACCCUCGCUGUGACAGGAACUACGGAUACCCCGUCUGAUGAAGUAAAGGACCCAUGGACAUGGCAAUGAAAUAAUACAAAGAUGGACUCUCUCUCUGUCUCUCCUAUAUGACCAUGUGAAGAUUUAUGAUAUAUAAAUGGUCAUGCAUAUAAUCUUACUGUAUUACAGUUGUGUAGUUUACUGUGUAGUUUACAGUGUAGUAGUUUCUGCAUUUGUUUUCUUAAACGUGCAUCAAAGAGUGAAAUGUAUUAUAGUGAAUACAAUCAUAAAUAAAUCCAAAUACAUGCGCCUAUA